UUGAAUAUAAUACAAGAUAAAACAACUAAAAUGAAAAUAAGUUUGAUAACUUUGUGCUUAGCUUUGACAGCUUUCGCAGCUUUCAAUGCUGUAGAAGCUAAUAGCUUAUCGAGAUGGAGCCUAAACACUAAUGCUGGUAUCGGUAGCUUAUUUGGACUACUAGGAUACGGUAAAAAAUCGACUGAGGCAAAAUCUGGAAGUAGUGCUAGCUCUAGUUCUGGUUCAAAGUCUAACUCUGCUACAUCAGCAUCGAACAAUACAACAUCAACUACCAAUGCAACAGGAUCGUCAGCUCCUUCAGGUUCAACAAGAUCCGAAACAUCAGGAGCAGCUUCAGGUUCAUCAGGAUCAUCUGCAGCAUCAGGACAAGGAUCAGGUUCAUCAGGUUCAGGAUCAUCUGGUUCAGGUUCAUCAGGAGCAUCUUCAAGUUCAGCAGCAGCAUCAGCAGCAGCAGCUUCAGAUUCAUCAUCAGGACCAACAUCAACCGGUAACUCAGGUAACUCAGCAUCAUCAGGAUCAGGAUCCGGAUCAUCAUCAGCAGCUUCAUCAGGAGCAGCUUCAGGUUCAUCAGGAUCAUCUGCAGCAUCAGGACAAGGAUCAGGUUCAUCAGGUUCAGGAUCAUCUGGUUCAGGUUCAUCAGGAGCAUCUUCAGGAUCAGCAGCAUCAGCAGCCUCAGGUUCAUCAGCAGCAGCAGCUUCAGACUCAUCAUCUGCACCAGCAGCAUCAUCAACUAAUGGAUCAGGAUCAUCAUCAGCAGCUUCAAGUUCAGCAGCAGCAUCAGCAGCAGCAGCUUCAGAUUCAUCAUCAGGACCAACAUCAACCGGUAACUCAGGUAACUCAGCAUCAUCAGGAUCAGGAUCCGGAUCAUCAUCAGCAGCUUCAUCAGGAGCAGCUUCAGGUUCAUCAGGAUCAUCUGCAGCAUCAGGACAAGGAUCAGGUUCAUCAGGUUCAGGAUCAUCUGGUUCAGGUUCAUCAGGAGCAUCUUCAGGAUCAGCAGCAUCAGCAGCCUCAGGUUCAUCAGCAGCAGCAGCUUCAGACUCAUCAUCUGCACCAGCAGCAUCAUCAACUAAUGGAUCAGGAUCAUCAUCAGCAGCUUCAAGUUCAGCAUCAGGACCACCAUCAACCGGUAACUCAGGUAACUCAGGAUCAUCAUCAGCAGCUUCAAGUUCAGCAUCAGCAGGAUCAAGUCAAAGAUCAGUUCACAGCUCCAAAUCAAUCGUAUCACGCUAUAUCAAUGGGUCUGGGCAAAACUGUGUUUGUUAUAAUUGAGUUCUUGAUUUUUGAUGUUAGAAAAUCUAAAAAUGAUAUUUGUGAUCAAAUGUACUGAUUUUCUUUAUCUUUAUGAAUUAGCAAUAAACUUUUCGUAAAAAA